UAUCGUCAACAAAAACACCGCAUAAACAUGAGUGCCAUAAAACGCACACAUCCCUCGGCAGAUCGCAAUUCGCAGCCCAUUUCGGAGGCACUUCUAUCGCAGGUGGAUAAACAAACGCCCAAUUUGCGGCUUCUCGAGAUAGCCUCUGGGUCGGGUCAGCAUGCCGGCUUCUUGGCCCCGUUGCUGCCCAACAUCAGCUAUCAGACUACAGAGUAUUCACGCCAGGACUUUAAUUCGAUAUCCGCCUAUGUCACAGACUGCACCACUGGCAACAUUUGUCCACCGUUAUUUGUGGACAUUUCGCAGGAGUUGCAACAAUGGGAGGCGGGCACAUUGCAACAGGUGAAACCCGGUAGCUAUGACUACAUGUUGAACUGCAACAUGAUGCACAUUAGUCCCUGGAACUGCUCCGUCGGCCUCUUUCGAGCUGCUGGUCAGCUACUGAAGUCCGGCGGAAAACUGUUCACUUAUGGCCCAUAUGCACAGGACGGCCAAUUAACACCUCAAAGCAACGUGGACUUUGAUGCCGACCUAAGGCGUCGCAAUUCCACAUGGGGCAUUAGAGACAUCAGGGAUCUCAAGCAGUUGGCCGAAACAAAUGGCUUAAAAUUGGACAGAGUGACUGAUAUGCCGUCCAACAACAAAUUCUUGACUUGGCUCAAGUUGUAAAUCCAAUUGAAUUGAAUAAAAAUUAAACUGUAA